CCUCAAAACGUUGAUUUGCAAGUAUGCAUUUGGCAUCUGACCGCCCAGAUUCCACUACACGAACCCAGCAAAGCCAAACCACUUCCCAUCUACAAAAGGACGAAAUUUGACACUACCCACCCACUAUUUAUUAUCAUCACCGCCGUUCCACUAGUGCUUCCUUAGCUUGCUUUCUUGCUUGAACCAACUUUUCUUCGUUUCCUAAGGGUUCUUACAGUUGCAAUUAUAGAUUAUUUCUGUUAAAUUGUGAUUUAAAAGACUAUUUGGGGAUUUGGUUUUGGAGAAAUGACUUUGCACGGGAGUGUUUCUGCAUUGAAUUUAAAUUGGCACACUGGUAUCUUAGAUGGUAGAAAAUUGCAAUCUUCACUGGGAUAUGGUUAUCCUAACUGUUCUAAGCAAACCAAUGCAUUAGCUUUUAGAGUAAGUGAAUCGAUGGGCCAUGCUUUGAGAAUACCGCUUGGAAAUGCUACUAAGACAAGAAUGAGGACUGCUGGCUGCCCUUUGCAGGUAGUUUGUGUGGACUAUCCUAGACCAGACCUUGAUAAUACGGUGAAUUUCUUGGAAGCUGCAUAUUUAUCAUCGUCCUUUCGUAAUUCUCCACGUCCAGCUAGACCAUUGAAAAUUGUGGUUGCUGGGGCAGGAUUGGCUGGUUUAUCAACUGCAAAAUAUUUGGCAGAUGCUGGCCAUAAGCCUGUACUACUUGAAGCAAGAGAAGUUUUGGGCGGAAAGGUGGCUGCAUGGAAAGAUGAUGAUGGGGACUGGUAUGAGACUGGCUUGCAUAUAUUCUUUGGAGCAUACCCAAAUAUUCAGAACCUGUUUGGAGAACUUGGUAUCAAUGAUAGGUUGCAGUGGAAGGAACAUUCUAUGAUAUUUGCGAUGCCAAAUCAUCCAGGAGAGUUCAGCCGAUUUGAUUUUGCAGAAGUUCUUCCUGCACCAUUAAAUGGGAUGUGGGCAAUUCUAAAAAACAAUGAGAUGCUGACUUGGCCUGAGAAAGUGAAGUUUGCGAUUGGACUCCUGCCAGCAAUGGUUGGUGGACAGGCUUAUGUUGAGGCUCAAGAUGGUUUGACUGUUCAAGAUUGGAUGAGAAAGCAGGGAGUUCCUGAUCGAGUCACUAAAGAGGUGUUUAUUGCCAUGUCAAAGGCGCUUAACUUUAUUAACCCUGAUGAACUUUCAAUGCAGUGUAUAUUGAUAGCAUUGAACCGAUUUCUUCAGGAGAAACAUGGUUCAAAGAUGGCUUUCUUAGAUGGGAAUCCCCCAGAGAGACUUUGCAUGCCAAUUGUUGAUCAUAUUCAGUCUCUGGGUGGUGAAGUCCGGCUAAAUUCACGAAUAAAGAAAAUUGAGCUAAAUAAUGAUGGAACAGUUAAAAGCUUUUUACUAAAUACUGGGGAGAUCAUUGAAGGAGAUGCUUACGUGUUUGCCACUCCAGUUGACAUCCUGAAGCUUCUUUUGCCCGAUAACUGGAAAGAGAUUCCUUACUUUAAGAAAUUGGAGAAAUUAGUUGGUGUUCCUGUUAUUAAUGUUCACAUAUGGUUCGACAGGAAACUAAAGAAUACAUAUGACCACCUACUUUUCAGCAGAAGUCCCCUUCUUAGUGUUUAUGCAGACAUGUCUGUAACAUGUAAGGAAUAUUAUAAUCCAAAUCAGUCUAUGCUGGAGUUAGUUUUUGCACCUGCAGAAGAAUGGAUCUCAUGCAGUGACUCAGAAAUCAUUGAUGCUACAAUCAGGGAACUGGCAAAACUCUUUCCUGAUGAAAUAUCUGCAGAUCAGAGCAAAGCAAAAAUUGUGAAGUAUCAUGUUGUUAAAACUCCAAGGUCUGUUUACAAGACUCUUCCAAAUUGUGAACCUUGCCGCCCCUUACAAAGAUCUCCUAUAGAGGGCUUCUAUUUAGCUGGCGACUACACAAAGCAAAAAUAUUUGGCUUCAAUGGAGGGAGCUGUCCUAUCUGGGAAGCUUUGUGCACAGGCUAUUGUACAGGAUUAUGAGUUGCUUGUUGCUCGGGAGCAAGGAAAGUUGGUGGAGGCAACUAUUAGUUGACAAUUUUAACACCCAUAGAAUUGGAGGAUAACUUUUGCUACUUACUGAAUCAUCUAAAGGUGAACUAGGGAUUGUUAGUCACAAAAAUAUUCCAAAAGUUGUUCAUAUAUAUGCUACAGUUUGUAAAGCGCAUAAAAUGUCUAUCUUCUCUUGGUGAAAGCAUUUGGGUUCCCUCAUGAUAUCUAUGUCGCAUCAUUUGCGGUCAAGUGCACAGGAUUGGCUUAUACGAGAUCUCUGGAAGCACAUGUAGAGGAUAGAGGUGCUACUACUAAUAGAUGUUCUAUUGUUGGAAGAAAAUAGCAAAAAUGUAACCAUAAUGAAAAUCUCUUAAAUGGAUCCAGGAAAAUGGAAACUAGGAAUGUAUUCCAUGUUGAUGGAAAUUAUAUUAUCCUUUAGUUAUUCUCAUGCCUCUGUAAGAUCUUAGCUUUGAAAAAUAUAGUCAGAUAAUAGCAUAUCAAGGUUUCACCCGUUGCUGUUCCCUUGGUCCGGUUUAGGUAAAUAUUGAAUGAUUUUUAACUUA